AUUUCGAAUGCCGAAAACUCUUUUCAUUUUCGAGUCAUACAACUUAUCAUCUCCGUAUUGUGUUUAAGCGCUCUACUGUCGCUUUCAGAGCUGUUUGGAUUCUAUCCACUAAACCGACAACACAAGUCUGUAACCCGCUCUGUCAUCAACUGAGAGUUCUUAAAAAAAACGCCUAGAAAACGCAGCCCAAGUCAACAACGACAUCUGCCAUUUGCAGCAACUGUUGACUGAGACUGUUGUAUCUCCUGAAGUGAACUCGUUUCUCGAUAAACAAUGGAUUAUGAAAUGAUAUUUGGAUGUCUCGUCUUUCUUGUCCUUUCGCUACAACCUGGAUUUGCUAAUACUUCAAGCGCUAAACUUACUACUGAUACAGUAACACUUUCUUCUAUUACACCUGCGGCCACGACUAAGGAUACAAAGUUCACUACCUCAAAAAGUUCAUCCACUACUGAAAGUACGUAUCUUCCAUCUACUAUUGGCACAAUAACACCCUCCUCAACAGCUGCGUUUACUACCACUGAAACUUCCGCUUCUAUAACAUUCAAACCAACCACAACUAAAUCUUUCACUGGUACAAUAACAACCACUACUGAACCGCUGACCGAGACUCCAUCUACGACUGAGCCUGUAUCCACAACGAAGCCAACUCCUACAACUGAGGAUACCACAAAGACUCCUUCGAGAGUUUUCUCAGUAAUCGCUUCGAUUGGUUGUGAAUGGAACGAGAAGUAUGCUUUCCGGUACACAGAAGAAUGCAAAAACUUCACGAAGCAACUAGAAGAUGUCUUAARAAAAGAACUCGAAAACCUGGAAGGUUUCAUCGCAGUUUUUAUUCUAAGGAUCUUCAAAGGAAGCGUCCAGUUUGAGUUCGAAGUCUACUUUGAUCAAACCUCUUCUGUUGAUGAGGAAUCUUUGAGCACUAAAAUCAAUCUUAUAAAGGCUACGGACUUGGGAGAGAUAAAGGUCAUAAAGGUGAAGAAUGAUGAACGCAGUGAUACGAGGGCGUCGCAGGGCACGUCUGAGCCGUUUCUGCAACUCUGGAUGAUUGUUGUCAUAGCAGCUGGAGGCGUCAUUUUGAUUUACACCAUCAUUUUGAUAGUAUUAAUGGUUAAGAUAAACAAGAUGAAGAGAUCAUCAAGGUCAAGGUCUUUGUCUCACAUUGGUGAGGAAGAUGUGAGCUUUUUCAACAUGAAAUUGGUGGAUAACCAUCAGGGUGGAGCUGAUACAAAUGAUCCAUUUAGCUGGAGGAAAACCUCAACAGGCAACAGGGCAGAGCUUCAGGCAAGCAGUGUCACCAAAAUCGUUGAUGACGAAAGCCCAAACAACGAGAAUCACUCUCCCGCCAUUAAAUUACCAUCAGGUUUAGAAACGAGUGACAGCAUUGGCGAAGCGAAGGAAAAGGAAAAUGAAAAUGCUGCACAAUCUUCUGAUGGCGAUGCUGAUGAUGAAGAGGACGACGAUAAGAAGAAGAAGAAUGAAGAGUCAACACCUGAUGGGCUCGACAAACUUGUCGUAGAGGAAGAACCUAAUGUAUCUCCAUUUUACUAAGGAUGUAUUAUUAAGGAGGACGUGUGAUAUAACUUUUUUCUUAAGUUUGAAUCUCCCUUUUAUUGAGGCGGAUUGUCCGGUGCUCCGGUGCUCCGGUGCUUACCUAUAACAGAUAGAUAAUCCACCAAGACAUAAUAUUUUUCUUUUACAGAUCACGUUUCAUUCUCUUGAGGAGAGGAUUCUUUGUUUGAGUUGUAUACUUAUUCAUGUGUUUUUUUCAUGCACAACUGUAAAACAAAGAAAUUAUGCUAUGACACGUGGUCUGAAAUGGGAAAAAGGUGGAUUAAGGUCUAUUAGAGAAUGCCAUAUCUGUAGAGACGAAUUUUAUAGAAGCAAGCUAAGGAAAUAAUGUGGAGAAAUAGUGAUCAUUGUUAACCUAUAUGCUUGCUCUAAAAUUAACAAAUACACCCGCAGCCCGAAUGAAGAAAUAGAAAACGCGCGCCCGUGCAAUGUGUGCAGUUAUAAAGCACGCAGAGGUUGGCAGAACACGAGAGAAGUGUUAGGAGAAGCACGACGUGUAGUUGAGUGCUUCUCGAAACUUCUCUAGUGUUCUGCCAAUCCCCAAGUGCCUUAUAACUUCACACAGCAUGCGCGCGCACUUUUUUAAAUUUAUUUUAUAAAACACAAAUUACAAUAACCGUUAUUUUAGAUAGGGAUGACGCAACUGAAAGUGCGCUUGCUUGCUGUGUGCUCUCGUAAAGCACGCGCUCACAACCAAUCAGAACGCGAGAACGCUGAAAGUGCGCGCUGAUAGACCACUAGUAGCGCAUCAGCCAAUCAGAGCGCAGAAUCUGAAAUAGACCAAUAGUAGCUCAGCCAAUCAGAGUGCAGAAUCUGAAAUAGACCACUAGUAGGUCUAUACUAAGUGGUAAUAGAAUAUUUUCGAAUUUGUACAAUUGGUGGGUUGCAAGCAUUCCCAAGAGAGUCAAAAGACAAAAACAUGGCGGCCAUUGUGGUGCCGUUAACAAUGGAUGCUAAUGAGAAAUCUUUUGUUAAAUGGCACCAACAUUGCCGCGAUGACGUAAUGUGCAAUCGAAGAAUACCUCGGGUGUUUCUUGAUUACAGACUCAUUUAAUUAUGGAACUAGCUAAAUAAUGAAACAUUUCUACUUGAUUUUCUUUGUUUUUUAUGUUAUGAGGAUUUAUAUUUCUAAUAUAGUCUUAAUGAUGUUUUAAUAUAUGUGAUCGUAUUCA